AGUGCUGACGGUCGUGCUGUGUUUAUUUUGUGGAAAAUUAAAUUUUUCUGUAUUUUUAAAGCGCUUUGGCAGCCGAGAUUGUGGUCUGUUAAGUAAUCAAUUAAGAGAAAACGUGUGCAGCAUUACUUGAGUUUAAGGUCCUUUUCCUUUUCCUGUGUGCUUUUGGGACACACAUAUUCUGUGCUUCCGCAUCCCGAAUUCGCUGUGCAUUUGUUUACGCCGACCAUCGCCCCACAUCUCACUUUUCCGGUGAACUUGUGCCGUCGGGUGGUGUUGUCAUUGCCCCACCACCGCUCCCCCAAAGUUGGGUGCUGUAAAAAAUCGAAACUCCCGCACAGUGGGCGACGAAGCAGUCGUAGUCGAGAGAUUAACUUCGAGUGAAACACGAAGGGUUGUGCAAUCGAAAAAACCAGCACUGCACACACACACCACCGAAGAGUCGUUUUAGGGCGACAGAAAGAUUAAAAUUCAAGCGGACAGCUGAUUUCGGCGCGUGCUUCACCCAGUGCAUUCCACUGUGCAAGGGCGGCAAAUAGUCAUAAAGCAAAACGGCAAACAAACACAAUCGACGGAAAGCGUAACCAGAAAAAGAAAGGCAAAGUAGGCAAGGCCCUACUCAUUCGGUUUAUUUGGAGACAAUUGCAAUAAUUUUAUAAUUCAGCAUACGAUGUAAGCGGCUAGCAUGACAAAGGACCAAAAUCCAGCAAUGGUAUUAAUUUAGCCCAUUAUCAACUGGCAUUAACUGGAAAUAAUAACUGCAGAGAUAGCAGAGCUCCCAUUGAAGGCUGCUAAUCGAGGACAGAGAUCAUAAAUCAUUAUCCCGCGCCAGCAAGGAGGCAGCACCCACAGCAGCAGCGAUUGAGUUGCACAGCCCGGAGACAAAUUAAUCAUACGCCGCGUUGGCCGCCUCGUCGUCGAUAUGUAUUCGAUUGUCCAUCCACCGCCGAACUGCGCGGCGCGCACUUGACACGCGUUGAAGCGGAGCCAAGACCGAGAACCACUUAUUGCAGAUCGCAAGGCGGGGAGCCGGAGAGUGUCCCGGAGCAGCACUACGCCUCUUGGUGGAUCGUCAUCAUCAUCGAAGCCUCAAGCUUUGAUUUGUUUUUGUUAUUUGUUCGCAUUUUGUUCGAAUUCGUACGCCGGGCGAGCCGCGUUUAAUUGGCCUAAGGAAGUGUUUGACUUCUCUGACAACAAAGGACCGCAUGUGGCUGCUAGGGCUAAAUCCUCUUACCGGCAGCAAUAACUGCUACAACAACAUCAGCAGCGACAUCAGCAGCAACUGCAACAUCAAGCAGUUGCCAUCAACCCUUCGAUAUAUUCUCCGCUGGCCUGUGAUAAACCCCAUAUCGUUCUUAAUGAAUGACAUUCGGUCCAAGUCAUUCUAUCGUGCAGGCAAAGCAACAUCUGCAGCAUCCGCGUCGGCCACGGCUAAAUCCACUGCUAAAUCGUUCGAUAAAUCGCAGAACAACAAUCCCCGUACUUACAACAACAGCGGCAAGUCAAAUAAGGUGUUCCUCCACUAUAUACCCCGCGAUCCGCGCCUAAGAAUUUUCAACAAGACCGCCACCCUGAAUAAACCCUUAAAUCGCACCACUCUGAGCGAGCUAAACAUAACUGAAGAUCUGUGCAAUUAUGGUGAAUUAAUUGGCGGCAGACCACUGCAAUCAGAAUCAAUGAAACAACUAGUGCAAGUGAAAUCAUAAGUG